CUUUCUUAUCUCAGUGUACCGUUAUCUCAAUGCAUGGUUAUAUAAGUCGUGGCACACCUGAGCUUCUGUCACACCUUCACAUCUCUAACAUCAUGAAGACUUUCAUAGUUCUCGGACUGGUCGCCAUUGCAUAUGGUCAGUUCCCCAAUUUUGGCGACAUCUACAACUUUGGAAACCAAGAUCGCAUCCAUGGGUAUUCCUUUGAAUACCACAGGAAUGGUGAUCUGAUCCUUGUGAGAAACGCCACUGCCUGCUUCGUCGUGGACGCCACCAAGGACAUCGUCAGCAAGAUGGAACACAGAGAUACCAGGGAACAGCUCGAGGAUGAGCUCUACGCCCAGAUUAAAGCCCACACCGGCGAGACAGUUAGCAGCAUCACCGACCUCCGCAGCAACUACCACGACAACUGGGCCGUGGCCGAGUGCUUCAGAAACAGCGUGUUCGAGCUGACGUAUACGCCAAGCUCCUAGAUGAAUAUAGUGUCAGUUUAACCCUCUCAUAAAGUAAUGCUCCCUGGG